AUGCGCUCGAGCGACAGCGCGGUGCAGCAUCUGGACUUCUCCAGCAGCGGGGAGGACAGCAGCGACAGCAGCCUGGACGACUGGCGCGGAAGGAGCAUUAGGAGUCCCGAUUCCGUCUGCCGGACCCCCACAAUACAGCGUCAUCGUGCCCGGAGCGCAGUCGCUCCCCCCUCCUUCCCGUCCACACCUUUACCUUACGCAGCGUGGAAGAAGCUCAGACUCUGCGAUUCUCCCAACACGCCCAAGAGCCUGCUGUCCAAGUCAGCCUUGCCUGGCUCUGUCAGCAGGCCUUGCCAUAGUCAGAGGGCUCUGCGCUUCACCAGGGAGAGUGAGUCCUUGCAUCACAGCCCUGUGCCCUCGGUCAACGUGAACCCCUUCACCCCCAACACGUUCCGCAGGGCCAGCGAGAACCUGAAGAGGAAGGGCCGGAGGAGUGACGAUGAGGACGAUGAAGACCAUCUCCGAGAUAAAGAGGACCUGGCUGUGACUGAUGAGGACGAUGAAGCUUUUCUUCCAUCUAAGAGGCUGGCAGUGCAGAACUCCAUGAUCUCGCGGUACGAGAGCGAGUUUCUGGAGCUGGCCCGCAUCGGGGCCGGGGAGUUCGGCGCCGUCUACAAGUGUGUGAAGAGGCUGGACGGCUGUCUGUACGCCAUAAAGCGCUCCCGCCGCCCACUGGCUGGCUCCGCCAACGAGCAGCUGGCACUGAGGGAGGUGUACGCUCACGCUGUGCUGGGGCACCACCCCCACGUGGUGCGUUACUACUCUGCAUGGGCCGAGGAUGAUCACAUGAUCAUCCAGAAUGAGUACUGUGAUGGUGGGAGUCUUCAUGAUGCGAUAGUGGAGAAGGAGGUACAGGGGGCGCUAUUCCGGGAGCCAGAGCUGAAGGACCUGCUGCUGCAGGUCUCCAUGGGUCUCAAGUACAUCCACAGCUCUGGGCUUGUUCACCUGGACAUCAAACCCAGUAACAUCUUCAUCUGUCGACAACCUGCUCUGAAUGCUGGGGGUGAGGGGGAGAGUGAGGAAGAAGAGGAAGGAAACCCCUCCACAGGAGUGGUUUAUAAAAUUGGUGACCUUGGUCAUGUGACAUCAACCAGCAGCCCACAGGUGGAGGAAGGGGACAGUCGCUUCCUGGCCAACGAGGUUCUGCAUGAGGACUACACUCAUUUGCCUAAGGCAGAUAUCUUUGCUCUGGGCCUUACGGUGCUGCUAGCUGCGGGCGCGCCCCCACUCCCACAGAAUGGGGACGAGUGGCACAGACUUCGACAGGGCCAGCUACCGAUCCUACCUCAGGAGCUCUCCCCUGCCUUCCACAACCUCAUCCAGCUGCUGCUGGACCCACAGCCUUCCGUGCGGCCUUCCGCAUCUGCGCUCUGCAGACAUCCCAUCCUGCGCAGGGAAGGGGCCCAAAAAAUGGCUGCACAGCUACGCAAGGAGCUGAAUGUGGAGAAGUUCAGAACUGCCAUGCUGGAGAGGGAGCUCCGGGAGGCCCGUCUGGCAGCCCUGUCUCCGCAGCCCAUCCCCGGGCUGGUGCAGCAGUUUACAGCAGGUGGUUCGCUUCCCAGAAGCAGCCGCAGACUGGUCGGGCGAAAGGCUGCCAGGUCCAUGAGUUUCGGCUGCCCCGGGCACUGA